GAGCUGCCUAAAUCCAGCUCCACCUCUAUAGUUCAUUUUAUGAGAGAGGUCCACUCCCAUUUUAGAUAGAACUGAAACUGUUUGGUUGAGCUCCAGGUGGAGCUGGAGCUGGGGUUGUGCCAAUCAAGCCCACUGAUACAUUGUUGUUCCAUGCCAGCAUGCCUUUUAUCUCUUUUUUUCUAAAAGAGAAUGUUUUUAUGCUGCAUUCCCCAUGUGUGUUUCCUUCUAAAAACGGCUUUUCCCUCCUCGUCUUCUUCCUCUUCGCCUCCUCCUCUUAUACCCAUCUCCAUUCCUCCCCCAUCGGCCAUGCUCAAGCAGCAGCAGCAGCAGCCAUCGCCCACACUCGUCGGAGGGCGGCGUUGCAUGGACCGCGGCGGCGGCAGUGGCGGCUCGAUGGGGCUCAUCGCCUUGGCUCUCGCGUCCACCGGCAUCAUCAUCAUCUCCUACUCCCUCCACCGCCGCUUCCUCGCCGACCUCAAGCUCUCCAUCGCGCGAGCGCAGCAGCAGCAGGAGCAGCAGGAGCAGGAGAAGCCGCAGCGGCCGCGGGAGAGGACGAGGAGGGUGCGGUUCGCCGCCGACGUGGUGGAGCCGUCGUCUGACGGCGACGAGUACCGCCGCCGGUACGUCGCCGGCCGCCCCUCACCGGCGAUGGGCAACUCCUCCUCCUCCUCACCACCGGCUAGGCCUUUCGCUAGGCCUCGACGCGUCAUGCAAUCACACCCAGCUAGCUAGCUAGCCUCGGAUUUGCAGGAAGAAGACGAAGCUUGCAGAGUUUGCAGUGGCAGUGGCAGCUAGAUGUGAUCACUACUACUAGCUGUUUGUAUCUUAGCUUUCGUUCUAGCUAGCAGUAAGAGUUUAGAAUACUGCGAUAAUAAUCAAUAAACCAAUAAGCAACUCCCAGCUUCGAAUUUGAUCGGUUUUGGUUUUAGUUAAUUUAUUAUUACCUGUAAGGAUUAUGUUUCGAUUCAGUUUACAUUAGUUAAUUAAUUACUUCGAUUGAUCUGCGA